GUUGGUUUGCUUCAGCUCAUAUCAAGACAGAGUGGGUGAUUGAUGGUCAUGUAGUUGAUUGAAACUGUGAAUCAACCCACAAUGGACGACAGAGAGAGGACAGUUGUCACCCAUUAUAACCUGCCGACCGCCUAUCCGACUGAAUGGCCCAAGGAACUUGAUGAUAGUGACGAUGAUGAUGACGGACCUGACGCUAUCGGGGUCAGACGCUCCAGAUCGCGCUACUCGGCAUUAGAGAGAACGACCAGCGAAAGGAAGAGUCUUAUUCCAGGGUCGCAGCAAACCAAAGACGGCCGAGCGAACUUGGUUUCCAAGGACGAGCAGGAUGCCCUGGGAGCUCAUCAAAGUGUUAUGAACACGUUGAGGAGAGCGGGGAUGAAAGUGGACGACGAUUCGCGCUUACGAAACAAGUUCAUGCUUUCUUCUACAACAUUUUCUCCUGGAAUGUUUCUGUCAGUAACUCAUCGUGAGGCAUCCACAGAGGAUCUUUUACGAGGCUUGGAAUACUUGACCCGAUCUAUCGACCAAAAGUCAUCGUCCCUGAAAGCCCUUGUGGAGACCAACUUCGAGCGCUUCGUGCGUGCCAAAGCUACCAUCGACAAUGUAUACACUGAAAUGCGGAAUCAAGGUGUGGAACCCGUCGAACAACCUGGUCCGACCUCGCCCAGACAUUCUCGACGCACCAGUGGUAUACACUUCCGGAACAUUAGCAGUGGCAGUGCGGCUGGUAUGUCUGCGCCACCUCCAAAACCGAGCAAGAACGCACUGCGAAAGGAGACGGAUUAUGGUGUUCAGGGCAUCAGAGUUCCGUUGCUGGAGGUGUCGCAGAAAGCACAAGAUGUCUGGGGUCCUGCUCUAGGAGGUAAAGAACGUGAGAACAACCUCAAAGCGAUUGCAGAUGCCGUGACCAAGGAUCGAAUGUUAUAUGAGCUUGGCUCAGAUCUCAACUAUGCUAUUAAACAGAAGGACUAUGACAAAGCUGUCGAGCUCUAUGAUGCCGCCAGACGGUAUGUCGCCGAUGCAAAAACCCUCAGCGAUGGAGUGGUACAGUACGGUCGCACUCUUUCAGAUGAAGAAGUUCACAGAAUUUUGGCAAUUGGGCGCAUGUGGACAGAUGCAGAAGAACAAGUCAAAGCCCUUAAACGAGAUAUCUGGCGAAAAUUGUCCAACGUUUCUUCAACAAGCCCGCUUCCGGGGGCAUCACAGGCUGAAGAGCACAUGGAGCUGAUCUGUGUGUUGUUACACCUUGGGGUAGAAGAAUCCCCGAUUUGGGUUUUCCUGUUAAGUCGGUAUGAUUAUCUCAAGAACAAAAUAGCUGCAGUGGUGGAACGUUCGAAGAUCGAGAUCGAGAUUCUGCGACGGCGUCUCGCCGCUGGCAAUGCACCUUCGUCCGAUGUUGUGGCCACGUUCCUGCGACAAGCGUCCAAGGAUCGGCCUGAAGCUCUUGAUACCGAUGACGUUAUCGACUUCUGGCAUUGUAUCCAAAACUAUCUGACCAAAAUGCUUUCCGUGUCGAAUGGCCUGCUGGGAGAAGUUGUGGACUUCUGGGAGUCAGCGCAAUCCUUUCUCGAUUCGACCAAGCAGAAUAAUCUACCCUCUGGAUGGGACGGAGAGAGCAGGAAACAUCACACACUGUCGGAAUCAGAUGCCAGCGCCCUGCGUAGUGGGCUUGUUGAAUUGAUUGGCCAACUCAGAGAUGCUGUAUUUUCGCUCUUCGCAGACCCUCCCACUGAGGACAUUUCAUCUUUGUUCUCGCCAGCGCCAGGCUCCGCUGCUACGCCGACAACGCCAUUAACUGGUUCUGCCUUUUCGCCCACUGAUGGACGGAUCGGCAGGCUUGAUCCUCAAAACCUACCAGCGGCCGCUGCAAAGAAGGGGGAACCGUGGGAAGACUUUGCGUUCUGGCCUCCUCACUCGAACGCACUCAGUGCGGUGCAUUAUCUGGAGAAGAUUCUUGCGCUUGUGGGGGCUGCUGCCAACGAAAUGGCGUCUCUUGGCCCAGUCAACAGCAGCGCAUCAUAUGAGAAGAUCAAAGUCAUGAUCAGUGGGGCACGGGAGAGAUGCAUGCGUGCGGUCUGCGAAGCUUGGAGUAAGGAUGCUGAGAGCUGCAAGUCUCUUGAGGAUUGGGUCAGAGCACCAGAAAAGCGAGACCAAACACGUAUGCCAGGAUAUUUCGAAGCUUUCGAGAGAAAGGUCCUGCUCGGCAUGCAGCAGGUCUUGUAUUUCUCGAAUACGAACACCAAGCCAGGGAGCCGGGAUAUCAUCACGCCACCGUCUACGAAACUAUUGCAGAUGGUUCGUACGCAGUUCGUCAGCAGUGUCUACAAAGCUGUCAGUGGCAUGCUAGAAAACGCAGAAGCUUCGCGACAAGGAGAUGAGGAUGACUGGGUCUUGGUGACAAGCCUUGACAGUAUAACGAAUGGCGCAGUCCCCAACGAGACCGUCACACAAAAUGCAAUCAACGCGUCGAGCAGGAAUGUCCGCAUGCUCCUCACCAUGUCGAACCUCAAAGCCUUGCGCAACGAGCAUGUCCCCUCUCUCAUUCAAGUCUUUGAGUCAUCGUUUUCGGUCAAACUAGCCGAAGAGUCCAAGACGAUUAGAGAUGUCUUUGGUCAGAUUGACGCGAAGCUCUUCCAUUCCUACACGCGGCCAAUGGUCGCGGCCUUGACCAAGAUCAUCAAAGAAGGUAUUAAUACUCCCGACUGGGCCCCCAAAACGUCUCGACCCGACCAGGUCAGGCCGUAUGUCUACGCUGCUCUCAUGACGCUCGUGAUGGUGCACACGGAAGUAUCAACAACGGUCUCUAGCACAGGGUCGAGCAGCCCCUUGCUGAGUGAAAUAUUAUCCUAUCUUGUCGAGAAUAUCUCACAAGCUCUGCUUGACGGUUUCAAAGAGCGGAAGCCUAAUACUUAUACCCUCCCAGCUCUGAUGCAGGCGACUCUAGACACUGAAUUCAUAGCUCAAACGAUGAGUCAAUAUGCCACGGCCAAAGCUAGCGAAGUGCAGGGACAAAUAUACACGGAGCUGGACAAGCGAACCACAAAUGAAGCGCGAACUAGGCUGCAGCAGGAGUUGGGCGACAUGCGAGUCGUGCUCAAGAAACUCCGGGAAGGAAGUAGAAAUAGUUUUGGUUGUUUCAAGAAACAAAGGCCCUCGGAUAAGGAUCGCGGUCGACCCGAGAGGAAAGCCACUGGAACAUGAGACUUGUUAGACAUCUCUCGAGUCAAUGGAUGGAUAGAUCAUCUUC